AUGGAUUCUGAUGGUAAUGAUGAUCAAAUUUUAGUAAACACUGCACUUGAUUAUACAAAACUUGAUGCAAUUAAUCAACGACGUCAAACCGAACAUAUUAAUCAAUUCUUAAUUAAUACAGUUCAUUUUUUUAAUACAUUCAGUGCACAAGUUGAAAAUAAAUUUCAAAAACUUGAAAUUAAUUUACAACGUAUUGAAGCUGAUUUUGCAAUUCUUGAUUCUAAACUUGAUGCAAUUAAUCAACGACGUCAAACCGAACAUAUUAAUCAAUUCUUAAUUAAUACAGUUCAUUUUUUUAAUACAUUCAGUGCACAAGUUGAAAAUAAAUUUCAAAAACUUGAAAUUAAUUUACAACGUAUCGAAGCUGAUUUUGCAAUUCUUGAUUCUAAACUUCGCUCAACACCGGGAUAUCAAGCACUUGAUCUUGCUGAUGUCUUAAGUCCAACAACAUCUACAUCUACUAUACAACAAAUAAAUGUGACAGCAACGGCUACAGUUCCACCACCUGCUCCUCCAAUACCAACUGGAGGGCCACCACGAUCUGAAGGUCCACCACCACCGCCUCCACCUCCGCCUCCGCCACCAGAACCAGAAAAAGUUGAAGAUCCUCGAACGGAAAAAUAUCGAAAAAUGCUGGCUGUGCGUGUACCCCGUGAUGCUGUUCGGCAUAAAAUGAUUGCUGAAGGUUUAGAUCAAGCUGCAAUCGAUUCUGUCAUCGGUUCAGAUUAA